UUCAGGAAUGCACAUUUUAGACAUGAAGAUGAUUCUCUAUACGACUAUAUCGCUGAUAUUCUUUACUGGAAACACGUUUGCAGAAUCAUCGCCAGGAAAGGACUGCGCAUCUGCUGUUACAUUUUAUGGUGAAACAGCUAAUAAAGUCGUUGGGUUACUCUCUGACAAUUGUGCAUGCAGAACAAACAACGAAAUAGUAGAUGAAGAUGAUGAUGAUGAUGAACCCCAAUCCUCGUGCAAAGUAAAGAGACCAAGUGACUGUGGUGAGCUGGACAAAUCAAAUUGUAAAAGUGGAAUCUACAAGAUCUUCCCUGAUAAAACUUCUGGUUUCAAGGUUUUCUGUGAAAUGAAGAAACAUGGUGGGGGAUGGACUGUUUUUCAACGUAGAAUGAAUGGAAAGACUAAUUUCUAUAGAGACUGGGCCACUUAUAAACAAGGAUUUGGUAACCAAUGUGAAGAAUUUUGGUUAGGUAACGACCAUCUGCAUCAACUUACCUCUCAAGGAAAAUACAAAUUGAGGAUUGAUAUGGAAGACUUCGAAAACAACCAAAAGUAUGCCCUGUAUAAGAAGUUCAGCGUUGGUAGCGAAAGUUCUGGAUAUAUUUUGGAUGUUGGUGGUUAUUCUGGCGAUGCAGGAGAUUCGUUGGCUGUUCAGAAUGGACAGAAAUUCUCGGCAAAAGAUAAGGAUAACGAUAAAUGGGGCAAGUCAUGUGCAGUGGUGUACAAGGGUGCCUGGUGGUAUAAUACAUGUCACUUUAGCAACCUGAAUGGUCUCUAUCUGAAAGGGAAACACAAAUCAUAUGCUAAUGGCGUCAACUGGUACCACUGGAAGGGAUAUCACUACUCACUGAAAGAAACAGUCAUGAUGAUCCGCAAAGCCUAGAUAGAUAAAUAUAAAUAUUGACCAAUAAAUAAUGCAUAUUUUCA